AUGAUAUAAUAGAUUAAAUAUUACAACACAUUAAAAGAAUUUGAAAGCUCUUCACUUUUAUCUCAUUAGGUUCUCCAUAUUGAUCUGAGUAAAAAUUAAAUUGGUGCAAAAGGUGCAUCAGGCUUAGGUUCUGCUUUAGCAAAUUGCAUUAAUCUCUCAAAUUUGACACUUGGCCUUGAUGAAAAUUAAAUUGGUGCAAUUGGUGCAUCAGGCUUAGGUUCUGCUUUAGCAAAUUGCAUUAAUCUCUCAAAUUUGACACUUUUCCUUGGUUGGAAUGAAUUUGGUGCAAUUGGUGCAUCAGGCUUAGGUUCUGCUUUAGCAAAUUGCAUUAAUCUCUCAAAUUUGACACUUGACCUUUGUGGAAAUUAAAUUGGUGAUGAAGGUGCAUCAGGCUUAGGUUCUGCUUUAGCAAAUUGUAUUAAUCUCUCAAAUUUGACACUUGACCUUUAGUAAAAACAGUUUAUUUGUUUUGGAUUGUGA